AUGACUGGCCUUUCCCAGAUUGUCAUCUGCGCAGCUCUCGCCAUCGGAGCGAUUGCAGCUCCCGCCACGCGACAGUUCCCCUCUACGUUCACUGUCAACCAAGUUGCCCGCCAUGUCGGCAACAAGACAGUCAACAUUCCUGCCUCCUAUGCUCGUACCUUGCAGAAGUUCAAGGCUACCGUUCCUGAGCGGGUCGCUGCUGCUGCUAUCUCCGGCACUGUUGUCGCCACUCCUAGUGAUUCCAGCGACGAUGAGUAUGACUGCUCAGUCACUGUCGGCUCGUCCACUCUCGCCCUGGACUUUGACACCGGGUCUUCUGACCUCUGGGUUUUCUCCAACAAGCUUUCUUCCUCCGAGAGCGCCGGCCAUGCCGUGUAUACGCCCUCCAGCAGCGCCAAGCUGCUGAGCGGCUACACCUGGGAUAUCUCCUAUGGUGAUGGCAGCUCUGCUGAAGGCAUUGUCUACGCCGAUAAGGUCACUGUUGGUGGAGCCACCUAUACCUCCCAGGCCGUCGAGGCUGCUACCAGUGUGAGCAGCGAGUUCGUCUCCGACACCUCCAAUGAUGGCCUCUUGGGUUUGGGAUUCAGCAGUAUCAACACUGUUGAACCCACUGCUCAGAAGACCUUCUUUGAUAACAUCAAGUCGAGCUUGGCAUCGCCUCUCUUUGCUGUUGAGUUGAAGCAUAACGCCGCUGGCAGUUAUGACUUCGGAUUCCUCAACUCCUCCAAGUACACCGGCUCCAUCACCUAUGUCGAUGCCGAUAGCUCUCAGGGUUACUGGGGAUUUACCGCCUCUGGAUAUGGAGUCGGUGAUUCCGUGACCACCACCACCUCUUGGAGCGCCAUUGCUGAUACCGGUACCACCCUUUUGUACCUCCCCACCAAGAUUGUCAAGGCCUACUACGCCAAGGUCUCUGGUUCCAGUGACUCCUCAUCCGUGGGUGGAUGGAUCUUCCCUUGCUCUGCUACUCUUCCCGACCUCACCCUCAAGAUCGGAUCUCAUACCGCCACCAUCCCCGCUUCUUACCUCAACUAUGGCGAGGUCUCCUCCACCGACACCAGUGACUGCUUUGGCGGUGUCCAGGAUGACAGUGACAUUGGUCUCUCGAUCUUUGGAGAUGUCUUCCUCAAGACCCAGUAUGUGGUCUUUGAUGCUUCUGGACCCCAGUUGGGCUUUGCCACCCAAGCUUAG